UCGGUUCGCGUAUCAGAUCUCGUUUUUUUUUUCUUUUGGCCGCGGCUUCCUCGCUUCACUCUUAUCGCCGCUUGCUGCUCUGGUCUCAAUCUCAGUUUGUGAAUCUCGUCGGUGGAGGAGGAGCCGCUUGCUGCUCCGCUUUGAUCGCCGGACGUUGCUGUUGGCCGCAGAGUGGAGGACUAUCCCUUCAAUGUUUGGAUAGAUCCAUUUGCAAAAAACAUGCCAUUUGGAGCUAGCUCAAGGAUGGAUGGUAGAAGAGCAUCCUCAUAUUGCUCGACUACUACAAUCAUCACAUUUGUCGCCCUUGGCUUAAUAGCAGUUUGGAUGAUCACGUCCUCAACGGUUGUUCCUGCAGCUAUAUCUGAUGCACAGCCUGAUACUAACGAAAAGGUUUCAGUGCCAGAUCCUACCUCCUUUGAAAGUCGUUCAGGAGACAUGAUUGAAGAGUCAAACGGUGGCGACAAAGACAAUAAUGUCCAAAAUGAAUCCAAUUCGUUUACAAAGAAAGCAUCUGAGACAUCGUUAGAAAAUGUAGAAGUGGAGAGUUCUUUAAAGAAGAGCCAAGACAAUAAAGAUGAGUCAGAGGAUGAUUCUAAAACUGGGAGCUUUAGUGAUAUUAAUGGAGAGGAAACAGGAGAGACGAAUCCGGAGGUUGGAGAUUUGGAUCAGGAUACUAAAACAGGUGAUAAGGUCGAUCCCAAAGAAGAUGAAAAUGCUAAUGAAGAGAAGAAAUUAAAUCAAGAUGAGAUAUCAGAUGAUGACAAAACUCAAGGUGAAAAACAUGGUACAAUAGAGGAAAAGUUGGAUCCAGAAGGAGGAAACAUUGCACAAGAUUCUGAUGGGAGCAAGGAGGGGGGUGAUCAAUUUAAGGCCACCAGCAGCAAUGAAGUCUUUCCUUCUGGGGUUCAAUCAGAACUUUUAAAUGAAACCAAUACCCAGGAUGGUACAUGGUCUACACAAGCUGCAGAAUCAAAGAAUGAGAAUGAGAUGCAAAACGUUUCUUCCUCCAAAGAAGAAAAUUUAGAUUCCACUUGGAAGCUUUGUCAAGUCACUGCAGGAAUAGACUAUAUUCCUUGCCUUGACAAUGAAGCAGCUAUUAAGUUACUUCAUCUCACUGGACAUUAUGAACACAGAGAACGACAUUGUCCUGAUGAACCCCCAACCUGUCUUGUUCCACUACCCAAUGGAUACAGGCCACCAAUUAGGUGGCCUCUGAGCAGGGAAAAGAUAUGGUACAACAAUGUUCCUCAUACCAAACUUGCAGAAGUGAAAGGACACCAAAAUUGGGUGAAAGUUUCUGGAGAAUAUACUGAAUUUCCUGGAGGUGGAACACAGUUUAUACAUGGUGCACUUCAUUAUAUUGAUUUCAUUCAAGAGUCUUUGCCUGAUAUAGCAUGGGGAAAACGCAGUCGUGUGGUUCUGGAUGUUGGCUGUGGAGUAGCUAGCUUUGGUGGCUAUCUCUUUGAAAGAGAUGUGCUUGCCAUGUCAUUUGCACCCAAAGAUGAGCAUGAGGCUCAAGUCCAGUUUGCUUUGGAGAGGGGCAUCCCAGCUAUAUCGGCAGUCAUGGGUACUAAAAGACUGCCUUUCCCUAGUAAGGUCUAUGACGUUAUUCAUUGUGCCCGGUGCAGAGUUCCUUGGCAUAGAGAAGGUGGCAUGCUUUUGUUGGAGUUGAAUCGGUUGCUGCGCCCUGGUGGUUACUUUGUCUGGUCUGCAACACCAAUUUACCGAACUGAUCCAGAAAAUGUUGAGAUAUGGCAAGCCAUGACUGCAAUAACAAAAUCCAUGUGCUGGGCAAUGGUCAGCAAGACAAAUGAUACGCUUAACCAAGUUGGUUUAGCUAUCUAUAAAAAGCCUUCUGACAACAAAUGCUAUGAGCAAAGAAAGGAAGAUAAUCCUCCACUCUGCCAAUCAUCUGAUGAUCCUGAUGCAGCCUGGAAUAUCACACUCCAAGCAUGCAUGCACCGGCUGCCAGCAGAUCUUACUAGUCGAGGGAAUCAGUGGCCAGUGCAGUGGCCCCUAAGGCUAGAGAAAGUACCUUACUGGCUAAACAAUUCUCAACUUGGGGUUUAUGGGAAACCUGCACCAGAAGACUUUCUAUCAGACUAUGAGCAUUGGAAACGUGUUGUUAGCAAAUCAUAUGUCAGUGGAAUGGGAAUUAAUUGGUCUACUGUGAGAAAUGUCAUGGACAUGAGAUCUGUGUAUGGAGGAUUUGCUGCAGCAUUGAGAGAAAUGAAAAUUUGGGUGAUGAAUGUUGUCUCAAUUGAUUCACCAGACACACUUCCUAUUAUUUAUGAGCGGGGCCUGUUCGGCAUGUAUCAUGAUUGGUGUGAAUCUUUCAGCACCUACCCAAGAUCAUAUGAUCUUCUUCAUGCAGACCAUUUAUUCUCAAAAACUAAGAAGAGGUGCCAAUUACUGCCAAUACUUGUCGAGGUCGACCGAAUUGUGAGGCCCGAAGGAAAGUUGAUUGUGAGAGAUCAUGUUGAUAUCAUCAGCGAAGUAGAAAACACACUCAAAUCUCUCCACUGGGAGAUCCGGCUGGCAUAUUCCAAGGACAACGAAGGCUUGUUGUGCGCCCAGAAGACGAUGUGGCGACCAAAUUAAGCGACACAAACUAUUAUUACGAGUUCUUGACAAUUCUGGUACAGAUGUGUAUUAGUUUAUAUUAUGAGUUCUUGAUUUAGAUUCAAGAAGCUCAGACUGCAUCAUAAGUUCCUGAUUCAUUUGAGAAAGAGGGAGAGAGUGCGCGGGUGAGGGAAUCUUAUUUGUUUAGUGAACUAGAUAAACACAAGUUUUUCUAUCUUUAUUUUCGAUAUUUUCUUUGCUUGCUUUAGGCAAUGGGUACUCUUAUCUCGUUGGAUUUCGACGUUGAGCAAGCAACAUUGUUGUUAAUUUUUAUUUCGAUUAUGUUUCUAUCUUAAGUUGGUA